UCACGAUUGCUUCCGUGUGACGUCAUUCGCCAACAUGGCGGCGGACUGGAACCGAGGGCAUGGCUCGGUGGAGGACAUGCUGGACGUCGAGAACAAGCGUCUGGCUGACAACUUGGCCACCAAAGUGUCCCGACUCAAAUCUCUGGCGUACGACAUUGACAGAGAGGCCGACGAUCAGAACGACUACUUGGACGCCAUGGACUCCAACUUUCUGGGCAACACGAGCCUGCUGGGCGGCAGCGCCAAGCGCUUCUCCAACAUGAUGCGCUCGGGACGCGACAACCGCCGCAUCAUGUGCUACGUCACCAUCGGCCUGGUGCUCUUCUUCUGCGUGCUCUACUACAUCGUCACCAGGAUGCAACGCUGAGCCACAAGACUGCACAGGGAGGGGGGGAUGAGGGGGGGGGGGGAGAGAAACAAACCAAGGCGAGUCAUGGAAGCGAUCUGCAGGGGGCAGCAGAGAGUGCGUGAGCAGCAGCUGGGAACGAAAGACUUUUUUUUGUUUUUUUUUGGGGGGGGGCGCCAUCCAGAUUGAAGAAAUGCGGAUUCGUUUUGGUUCAAUUCUAGUGGUUGUGUACAGUUAAAUUUCCUAAUGACAUUACAGUUGACUAUAAAGUUUGUAAAAUACUUCAUGACAUAUUCAAUGUAAAUGUUCCUGUUCUGCAGUUGGCAAAAAGACUUGAUUGCUGCAUAUUUAUUCUUACCUUUUUAGUUUGUAUCGAUGUUUUAGAGCUUGUCAGCUGGCUUUUCAAUUCCAUUCCGCUUUUGUGUUGACUCUUUUU